CACAUUUAACAUAGACUCGUAAUAGUAACUAGCGCAGUUAUUUUUGCUUUUAGAGAUCUACGCGAUAUGUAAUUUAAUAAAGGUUUACUUCGAAAAGUUUAAUUAUUGAAAAGUAUAUUAAGUACAUAACACCUACAUAUUUCACCUUAUACAGGUUUAAUGGUCAACUUUAUACGAAAUAAAUAAUACCGAAUCAACGAAGGUCAGAUCUGAUACAAAUAGAGGUCGACACCUUGAAAUCGUGGAAGGUAAUACUCAAACAACAUCUUAAUCAAGACAGGUAUAAAUUGGCGAUCAUUGGCAGCGUUUUCAAGAGACACUCUCCAAGAUGUCGGCGCUAGACUGCGGUUGUCCGAUAGUAAACGCGGGGCCCAGCCUUGCCAACACAUGCAGCGCAAACUCAUUCGUGACUUUCAUGACUCUGGUGGACGUGUUUGUCAGGUUCGCUUGUCCAAUUAGCGACCCGUGCGGAAGGGUGGUACCCAACACUCAACCCGAUCGCGUGUACGACUUCGUGGUUAUCGGGGCGGGCAGUGGUGGUUCGACAGCAGCAGGAAGAUUAGCAGACAACAGGGGUUGGAACGUGCUUUUGCUCGAAGCUGGAUGGGAUGAACCUCCAGGCUCGCAGGUUCCCGCCAUGAUCAGUUACCUCGGCUCCUCUAUCGAUUGGAACUUUCAAACAGAACCGGAACCCGUCGCAUGUCAAUCUAACGCCGAACAAAGAUGCACCUGGCCCAGAGGAAAAGUUCUGGGUGGAUGUAGCGUGUUUAACGGUAUGAUGUACAUGAGAGGCACUCGCAAGGAUUACGAAAGAUGGGUGGAAGCCGGUAACGAUCAGUGGAGUUAUGACGAUCUCUUGCCGGUAUUCAAGAGGUCGGAAGGAAACAGGCAGAUUGGAGAAUUGGUGGACGCGAAAUACCACGGAGCCAAUGGACCUUUUACUAUUCAGAGGUUCAACGAUCAACCUGAUUUGGCAUGGGACGUGUUGGCAGCAGCCGACCAAGUUGGUUAUCCGGUGAGCAACGACUUGAACGGUGAUAUUUUCAAUGGGUUCGCAGUUGCUCAAGCCAACAACAGGGAUGGUGCAAGACUGAGCACGGCGAAGGCCUUCGUCCGCCCUCAUAAGAACAGCCCGAACUUCGAUGUUAUGAUGAACUCGACGGUCACCAAAAUCAUCGUGGAACAAGUCAAUGGUAUCAAGAGGGCCACCGGAGUUCAAUUUGUCUACAAUAAUCAAACCUUUACUGUAAACGUUUCCAAAGAGGUCAUCCUCGCUGCCGGAGCUGUUCAGACUCCACAGGUUCUGCUCCUUUCGGGUAUCGGCGACAAGGCAGUCUUAGAUAGCGUCGGCAUCGAGCAGGUUCAUAACUUAACCGGCGUCGGAAAAGGGCUUCAGAACCAUGUGUCAUUUAACUUACCCGGUAGUAUCGAUAGGAACAGUACUGCUCUGUUGAAUGACUUGACAUUGGCCGAGUACCUCAGCACUGGUCGUGGUCCACUAAGUUCAACCGGAAUGUCUCAGGUGACGGCUAGACUAAACAGUCGUUAUUCUCCAGCAGACGAUCCCGAUAUUCAGUUGUUCUUCAACGGGUAUUCUGCGCGAUGCGCAUAUGAUGGCACGCUAGGAUCGCCUGAAAACCCAGACAAUCCCGACGCCAAGCGGUCAGUCUCGAUUGCCCCGGUGAACUUGCACCCCAAGAGCAAAGGUUCAAUCACACUCAAAUCCAGCGAUCCCUUCGAUCAUCCUAAAAUCGUAGCCAAUUAUCUUACCGAAGAAGAUGACGUAAGGACACUAGUAGAGGCUAUUAGGGCUGCCCAAAAACUCGCAUCAGCUCCCUUGCUGAAGGAGAAAUACAAUUUCCAAUUGAGCAAUACCACAAACUACGGAAACUGCUCCACCUUGUAUACGUAUGACUCCGAUGAGUUCUGGUCAUGCGCUGUUAAGUACGCCACGUCUCCGGAGAAUCAUCAAGGUUCCUCUUGCAAGAUGGGACCGGCUUCGAACCCUGAAACUUGCGUCAACCAGCAGUUGCAGUUGCACGGAAUAGAAAACAUCAGAAUAACGGACGCAUCCGUGUUCCCCACGCUGCCUUCCGGUAACACUCAGGCGACGAUAGUGGCAAUAGCCGAGAGAGCUGUCGAGUUUAUCAGUAGGACGUACAGUUAAUUAACUGAUGCAGUAAAUUAAACAAAUAGAGAAAUAAAUUACUGAAACAUUAUCUGGUCUUUU